AUGUUUAAUAUCAAGAUAUUUGAUAAGAAUAAGACAUUCAAGCCAAAGAAGGGCUUUAGCAAAGGAACCAAGAGACAUGAUCUUCAUAGACACGCAAAGGCAACACUGGGCAGUGGCAACUUGAGACUUGCUGUCGCCUUGCCAGAGAGAGAGGACUUGAAUGAGUGGUUGGCUGUAAACACCGUUGACUUUUUUAAUCAGAUCAACUUGCUCUAUGGAAGCAUCACUGAGUUCUGUACACCAAAGACAUGCGAGGUGAUGUCUGCUGGACCAAAGUACGAGUACUUGUGGGCCGAUGGAGAGUCUGUCAAGAAGCCAAUCAAGGUGUCUGCUCCAGAAUACGUCGAGUAUCUUAUGACCUGGGUUCAGAACAUUCUCGACGACGAGACUAUCUUCCCAUCGAGAGUUGACGUUCAAUUCCCCAAGAACUUCCAGACUAUCGUCAAGAACAUAUUCAAGAGACUGUUUAGAGUGUACGGACACAUCUACUACAGCCACUUCCCAAAGAUUGUAUCACUAGGAGAGGAGGCUCACCUCAACACCUGCUUCAAACACUUUUACUUCUUCAUCGUGGAGUUCAACCUGGUCGACAAGAAGGAGAUGCUACCUCUCCAAGAUCUGAUUGAUAACUUGACAAAGACCAACAACUAA